AUGGAUCCCGCCCAGCUCCACGACGCCAACAGCGGCGACCACCUGCCCGAGGUCCCUCUCGGCACCUCCACCGCAGCCGCCUACGGAAACGCCGCCAUCCAUAAUCUUGAGGAGGAGGGCCGCAGACAUGUCUCUGUCGGCCACUUCGACCGCGAAGGUGUAGACGAGCUCAAGCGCACCAUGUCGCGUAUGUCGACUGCUCAGCGCAGCGAGAAGCGAGGUGCACCGUCAGCCGGCCUCCUGCCGACCCAUGCGUCUCACCACUCGUCAGAUCGGUCCUCGGACCACACCCUCGCGCCAGGAGACGGGCCAUUCGACUUUGAGAAGUCGCUCCAGCAGAUGGUCAGACGGAAGGAUGAGUCUGACAUUAAGCGCCGAGAGCUCGGUGUCGUUUUCGACAAUCUCCGAGUUGUCGGCCUGGGCGCAUCC